UUAUAUGCAAGGAAGCUUCCUUCUUUCUUCCCAAUCUUCCCUCUUCUCUCUUUCUUUCAAGUUCUUCCAUUUUUCCCAGACUCUUCUCACUCUCUGUGCCAUUUCACGUUUCACCAACAACAACUACAAACAGGCAUUUCUGUGUCCGCGAUGGCGAAGGGAGGCACCAUAUGGAAGCUCAAGUUCAUGAUCAAGAAGUGGCGCGGCCUGAGCAAAAUUGGUCGGUCAAAGUCAAGCUCAAGCGUUGACUCAAAGCUACCGCCGUCGGACGACGGCUGGUGCUUGGACGCCGAUACUGGUGAGGUCCCAGUUGGCUACCAGGCCGUCUACGUCGGGAAAUCGCGCCGGCGCUACGUCAUCAGGUCGGACCAUGUGAACCACCCCCUUGUCCGCGAGCUCGUCGACAAGUCAGAGGGCUCGGACACAGUGGUCGUAGGCUGCGAAGUGGUCCUCUUCGAGCACCUGCUCUGGAUGCUAGAGAACGCUGACCCCCAGCAAGAGUCCAUAGACGAGCUUGUCGGAUUCUACGCAUGCUGAGUGGAACUUACUUUCCCUGGAAAAUGAUUCUUGAGAGGAGAAAAUCCGAUAGAAGUUUGGGAAGUUGAUAAUUUUUAUAUAAACACGUAUAUAUAUAUAUAUAGCUGCGUGAAUUCUAGUGGCGUUUAUUUAGUAACCUUGACUUGUAAGUAUGGACUGUGAUAAAAUAGUACAGGCGAUACCACGUGAAGGGGGAGGUUGAUGAUUAACCCUUUCGCUUAGGUUGACGGAAUUAGUUCACUUAGGCCACCAUGUGUCCUCUCAUCUUAUUUUGUUGCUUUCGGAUGUGUACCACAUUCAUUAUAUAAUUUAGUUUCAUUUUGCAA